AUGCAUGCACAAAAGAAGAAUCCUCCGCAUAUUGGACCAGAAUCUUCUGUGGAUCAAGGCCCAUAUGUGAAUGCUUCAAAUGGAAUCACCAAUGAUCCAUCAUCACCCACUGAUAAUGUAAAAUUAAAUGAAGAAGAUCCAUUUGAGAGACAGAAAAUCAAUGAUCAAAGUGCUGCUGCUGAUGUACUUGUUGUACCAGAUGCAAAAAAUAUAGUAUCCCGUCCAAGUGGUCAAACAUCGGUCAAAGUAGCUGAUUUGAAUAGCAUCAAAAAAUGGUUGGAGCAGCUGUUCCAACAAAACAGAAGAUCAACGUGGAUGCUUACAUACAUUGCUGUCAUAUCAACAUUGCCAUUGAUGGGUGCUACUCUUUAG